CACCGUUGCCCAACGACGUGGUUAGAAUUCGACUACAUGUUCACAAGCCGUUUCUUGCAAGGGUUAAUAGUAUUGUACAUGGGGUGGGGGGUCUCUUUAGACAGAGAAGACCACCGGUGUUGAGGUUAUAUUUAGCCGGGGCGAGAGAAGAAGACUCAACAGAUUUGAGAAGAUGGUUUAAAUAUAGAGUAGUCCUUCAUUUUAAUUGAGGCUCAGGUAGAGCAUCAGACAGAGGCUUUCUGUGAGCGAUAAUGAGCUCGUUAUUGUAGAUGUCGCUACGGUAACAGGUUAUUGGAUGUGGAUUAGACUAGUCUGUGACUUUUUUUUCUCCUAGCACCUCCUAGGCUGGCCGAGGGGAAUAUAAAGAGGACGAGCCGGUUCAUUGUUGUGUGGAGUUGCCUGCAUGCCUGGUGUGUUCUCCAAGAAGACCAUGUACUACCCGGAGAUGAAGGUGGUAAAGCCACCGUACGAUGCCAACACGCUUAGGAAGCUGGGAAGGACUACCCUUCAGCACACCUCUGCCCAUGGCAUUCCCAACAUCUUCCGCUCCAAGCACUGGUUCCGACGCAUGGUCUGGCUGGUCUUCGUCAGCUUUGCCCUCUGCUGUGCCUUAUGGCAGUGCACCCAGAUGGUCCUCACCUAUUACACGUACCCUUCCCACGAGAAGAUCAUGCUGAUCUCCAGCGCCAAGCUCAAGUUCCCGGCAGUCACCAUCUGCAACCUGAACAGCGUCAGACUGUCCUCCCUCGGUCGGAGCUUUUCCAUGUCUAAUUCACUCCAGGAUUCUGGCCUGGAAAUGACCCACCGAAGGAACCGCUCUCAUCACAUGAAUGUAACUUCAGACUCCGUAGAUGAAAAUGUGCUCUACGCCAGUGCUUUCAAUAAGUUCGCCUCGGAAUUCAACCAGUUACCGGAUGAGCAGAAGAUUGAGAUGGGGCACCAGCUGGAGGACAUGUUGAUCUUCUGCAACUUCCAUGGGCAGGAGUGCAACUCCAGCUUUUUCUCCGGGUUCAUUAACUACAAAUUUGGCAACUGCUACACGUUCAACUCCCAGAAGUCCGUAGACAUUCGGGGGAACCAGAUAAGGGUGGACCCGCUCAACAUCACCAAGGCUGGUUUUAUGUACGGGCUGCAUCUGGAGCUGUUUAUCCAGCAGAUCGAAUACGUGCGAGAUAUGACCCACGCCGCCGGCAUCCGGCUCCUUGUCCACGACCAGGCGCAAAUGCCCUUCCCUGAGGAUGAAGGGGUCAAUGUCCCUCCGGGAGCUGAAACUGAGAUUGGCAUGAUGAAGGUUCAUAUAAACAGGCUGCGGGCGCCGUACGGGAGUCACUGCACCCAAGGGGAAGGAAUCAAGAAUUUCUACAAGGAUAUUUACGGAGCCGGAUACACCAGGGAGGCCUGUAAGCGCACGUGUGCCCAGCAGAGCAUCAUGGAUAACUGCGGCUGCACCCACUGGGAGUUUGCCUUUCCCAAGGAGGGGAAUUACCCCAAGUGCAACGUGAGCAAUGCGGCCAUACGCGACUGCGUGAAACUAUACGAGUUUAAAUUCGCACACGAUGAGUUAAACUGCCAUUGCCCCCUGCAGUGCAGCGAAGACCUGUAUGAAUUAACUGUGUCUGGAUCCCAAUGGCCGUCCACUGCGUUUAUUGAGAAUUUCUCGCGGGAGCUGAAGGAGAUGGGGGGCCAGAUGAGGGACAUUGCCGAUAGUCCCUCUAUGAUCAGGGACAACUUUGUCAAAGUCGUGGUCUACUUCAAGCAGCUCAACUUCGAACUGAUAGAGGAAGAACCUUCCAUGACGGAAAUCAACCUGAUCUCCAACAUGGGGGGCCUCGUUGGGCUGUGGGUGGGCUUCUCAGUCUGCACGCUGGCGGAGUUCUUCGAACUGUUCUUAGACGUCCUGUUUUACUUCGUCCAACGCUGCUUAAAAAUGGCGGCCAGAGAGGGCUACGCAAAUCCGUACGCCCAGAGGCCGAGCCCCAUCUACCAACGCAAAACCACAAACAUCUAGAGUAGACCACUGAGCUAGCGUUUCUUCGCUAUGAAGGAGACACGGCUGAGAGGAGUAGAAAUGGAGGCGGGCCAAUGGCACGUGUAGGCGGUACCUUGCCUGGCGCUCUAGAACCCUUGUGGCACCCAGGCCACGUGCCCCCCUUGCCUUGUUCAAACAAAACUGUUAGUGACUUUAUAGCAACAUCGUGUUGGUCUUUAGGAAGAAAUAGGCCAAAAUAUUCUCAAAAAAUUCUCAAAAAAUUCUCAGAAAUUCUCAAAAUAUUCUCAGAAAUUCUCAAAAUAUCCUCGAGGCUUAGAACUCUGUAGGUUGUAAAGAUUAAUGUUGUUUCCAGCAGCCUGUGGGUUAAAUGGACCGCUCUGGGUUGGGGUAGGAUAUGUAAGCAAUGUUGCUAGGAAACGGGUCAGAAUUCCAUAUUUUGACUCAAGAAGGGGCGUGGCUACUCAGGAUCAGGGAUGAGCGAAUCUGUCCUGUUGCGCCAAAAAUUUGGCGAAACUGCUGAAAAUUUCGUCAACUGGUGAAAAUUUAGCAAAUUGCGGCUACCGUGACUUGUUUGACCCGUCCGCGAUUUAUUUGACGGAACCGUUUUGACGCAACCAGGACUUUUUUUCUACACAACUUACGUAACACGACCGUUACUUUUUUUUAAUGCAACUUAUUUACGUGACCGUGACUUUUUGUUGAUGCGACUUAUUUACACACCGUGACUUUUUGUUGACGCAACUUAUUUACACACCGUGACUUUUUGUUGACGCAACUUAUUUACA